GGAUGAACUUGAACCGGGUUCUGGUAAGUUUGUUUGGUGGCUAUUUUUUUUCUUUUCUUUCUCCAGCAAAAAGCAUGGGGAAAACACACUUCUAUGCACUGUGGUCCUUACACGAAGCACCUCGUCAGUGUAUCAGUAACGUGAGCCGGACCAGCUACCAGCUCCAAAUCCCGCUGCCGUUACCCAAACAGCUCGUCGUGUUCAGUCUGGGGGACUGGACCUCAUUUUCUUGCGGGACAACAGUAUUAGUUGAGGUGUUUGUUAGCCCGGAUGUGAAACCGCAGAAAAUUGGAAUUCUUUCACCACGUUCAAGUUGUUUGGUGUGGGAAGGAGAUUGGACAGUGAGCCUUUUAAGCGAAUCCGCAAUGAAGAGCAGGAGAGGUGGAUAUGCCACAGUGUUGCUCACUGUCUGUGGAGAGGUGAAAGCCGGCUUUGUUAGCAGUACGCCAUUGGUGAAAAGGAGACGAUCAGCCCCCAGUCAGUCCACCAGUUUAUCCCAGACCCUUCUGAGCAGUGCUAGCACCAACAAUAUCACAUCUCCGAGAUCAUCGCCUGAGGACACCGUCAGUUAUGCAGAGCUCACAACAAGCAAAGAGGAUAUCCCGAGUAUGAGACUCAGAACAUCAAGAGUUUGGAGUUUGGAAAAAAAUCCAAGCUGGACAGUGAUUGGAAAGAGAGGAUGUAGUUUGAGCUCUGAAGGAUCUGAAACGCAGCGGAGAUCAAGCCAAGGUUCAAACCUCAAGAAGCGCAAACUGAGCAUAUAUACAUCGCAAAAUGUGGAGAGGGAAGUUGUCAAAAUGAUGAGGGAUUGCCGAGCAGAGCACCCAUCAAAGCGCUGGAACCAUACCAUGUGUUUAUGUGAUCCUGACACAGCUGUCCUGGUUGGUGGGGAGACUGCAGACCACAACUUCUGUACGGACUCCAUAUGGAAGCUGGAAAUUGAUGGUGAUUUUUGGUUCCCCAUGAAUUCCUCUACGGUUGGUCCACUCCCUCCCAGCUCUCAAGGGCACUCUGCAGCCUUUGACCCUAAAAAUAAGGUGGUUUAUGUGUAUGGUGGCCUUAGAGAAGGUCAACGCUAUAGUGAUGUUUAUAUGCUGGACACCCUGACCUGGAAGUGGAAACUUAUUAAAUCAAAAGGAAAUGUCCCAUCAUUGGCGUACCACAGCUGCAGUAUUUAUAAGGGUGAGCUGUAUGUAUUUGGAGGGUUGCAGCCCAGUCGAGGUCCUGGAGGCAAAACUUGCAGUAAUGCUCUUUAUAUCUUCAACCCUGAACAUGAGCUGUGGUACCAACCAAUUGUGGAAGGGCACCGUCCUCUUCCCAGGUUUGGGUCAGUGUGCCAUUUUAUUACUAGCCUUUCUGGUGCUUGGGCAGCAAUACAUUUGCAUAAUUGUAUAUUUCAUGCCUCUCAGUACUUGUUGAUAUUUAUAAACAGGCACUCCAGCACCCUACUGCAUGACAAAAUAGUGAUAUUUGGAGGCCAAAAAACUGCUGCCUACCUCAAUGACCUCCACAUUUUAGACCUUGGCUUUAUGGAAUACGCUGCAGUGAAAUAUGAAAACAUGCCACCCCUUGCCCGUGGGUUUCAUGCUGCUCUGCCCAUGUCUGACAACAGGGUUCUGAUCAGCGGAGGCUGCAGUGCUUUAGGAGCACUACAAGAUCUCUAUCUCUUCAAUAUAGAGACCAGCUGCUGGACAUCAGUGGUGUGUCCAUUGCUCUCCUCAAAGCCUCGUGCUGGACACAGUCUAAUCAGUCUGACUGGCACUGCACCUUCACACACUGGUGAAAGAGACCGGGGAGAUGGCCAGUACACCAUCGUAGUGUUUGGGGGCUCAGAUUGUAUUGGCACAUUUUAUGAUGAUACAGUCCAGUGUGUCAUGGAAAUCCCUGAUGAAGGACGGGGACUACAUAUAAAAGCAACUUGCAAGAUCAUGGUGCAUUAUUGAGAAACUUGACUGUUAAGUGGUGCAACUUUUAUUCUAAAACUUCAACUUUUUUUCCCCCCCUUCACAGCACUUAUGAGAGAAAAUGGAACUUCUUGUCAAGAAGGCCUUUUUUAUUUUUUUCCUUUUUACAUUUUAUUUUAAAGCUGAUUUUACAGGUUUAAACAGCUGCUUGGCAGCUACUGUUUAUUUACUACAAAGUGAAAUUUCUAUUUUCAGUAAAAUUGUCUGGCAAUUUCAGAGAUUAACACACCAUUUGUCAUUUUGGUCCAAUGAAUGUUUCCAUU